CUUUUCCUUCUCUCUUGUUGCAAGGUUCUACCCUUAAAAACUAAAAAACAUAAGUUAAGAAUAAUUUAGAUUAAAAUUUAAAAAAUAUUCAUUAUUCACUAAUAAAAUAAUAUCUUCGGGCUGGACAGGACAGAGUCAGCCCUAAUAACGUAACAUUUUCGGGGUUGCCUACCUGUACCGUUGCGGAGUCGCUUGCCCUUUGCCCAAGUCUCCUCGAAAUAAACUCUCAAGUCUCACGGGGCUUUCAAUUUUAAGAAGAGAUUUGUCUCUCAACUUUCUUCUCUCUCUUGAUCUACAUUGGGGGAAAGCCGAAAGCCUUAAAGAGGGUCUUUUUUCUCCGUUUCCGUAUUUAGCGAAUUAUCUCUAUAACAAAAAUGUCUCGGAGAUAUGAUAGCCGCACAACAAUCUUCUCCCCUGAAGGUCGUCUUUACCAAGUUGAGUAUGCAAUGGAGGCCAUUGGAAAUGCUGGCACUGCGAUUGGAAUAUUGUCAAAGGAUGGUGCUGUCUUGGUUGGUGAAAAGAAAGUUACUUCCAAGCUUCUUCAAACCUCUACAUCUACGGAGAAGAUGUACAAGAUUGAUGAUCAUGUUGCUUGUGCUGUGGCGGGAAUAAUGUCUGAUGCAAACAUCCUUAUUAACACUGCAAGGGUGCAAGCACAACGAUACACAUAUGCUUACCAAGAGCCAAUGCCUGUUGAACAGUUAGUUCAAUCUCUUUGUGACACGAAACAGGGUUACACACAGUUUGGUGGUCUCCGCCCCUUUGGUGUUUCAUUUCUUUUUGCAGGAUGGGACAAAAAUUAUGGUUUUCAACUCUACAUGAGUGAUCCUAGUGGAAACUACAGCGGAUGGAAAGCUGCAGCUAUUGGUGCCAAUAACCAGGCGGCACAGUCAAUGUUAAAACAAGAUUACAAGGAUGAUAUCACAAGGGAAGAAGCUGUCCAACUGGCACUGAAGGUGCUCAGUAAAACCAUGGACAGCACUAGCCUUACUUCAGAGAAGCUUGAACUGGCUGAGGUUUUCCUUACACCUUCUGGGAAUGUUAAUUACCAGGUCUGCUCACCUGAUUCUCUGAGUAAGUUGUUGCUGAAGUUUGGAGUGACCCAAGCUGCCACUGAGGCUUCCUGAGAUAGGUUCCUUUGUUUUCAUCCAUCGUUCUUCUGGAGCUAGUUUAUCAUACUCUGUUAUAAUCUCUAGCAAAUGGAAUUGAAAAAUCUAUCAGAUCAUAAUGUUGCUUGUUGUGAAUUA